GUUCGCCAGGCGCUAGACACCGUUGCAACCCGUCAGCAGUCACCGGUGACUGUCUUGGAAGUUGGGAAAUAUUACCGCUAUUGAGGUAUCACGAGAAACCUUCGUUUAUAUUUUGAAAGAUUCAACCGGAUGUACUGUGUAUGUUUCUGCCUCGUGAAUAAGUCAGUGGUCGAAGCCUUGGAGCAAUUUUCCUCACUGUGCUACAUCUGGUUGUAGUAUCCGUCAGCGGCCGUAAUUUAACCUCAUUCAUUGGUCAGCUGACGGACUUGUCUCCCUUUUGUUUACACCGAACUACGUGUGUUACGGUGUGAAGCUUAGCUCCGUACAGCUCUUUGCUCUGUCAUUCUACCGGCCGUCAGUCAGUGUCUGCUAGGUAACUGUCCGCUGCAGACCGGGUUGUGAGAGCACCGAACAAUGAUCGAGCGACCAGAGACUGCGGUUCCCAGCAUCGCUCAGCGGAACCUGGAGGGCUAUGUGGGCUUUGCAAAUCUCCCCAACCAGGUGUACCGGAAGUCAGUCAAAAGAGGGUUUGAGUUUACGUUAAUGGUUGUAGGGGAAUCUGGUCUGGGGAAGUCGACACUCAUCAACUCUCUGUUCCUGACUGACCUGUACUCCAAGGAUUACCCGGGGCCCUCGCAGCGCAUCAAGAAGACUGUGCAGGUGGAGCAGUCCAAGGUUCUGAUAAAGGAGGGGGGGGUCCAACUGACACUCACAAUAGUGGAUACUCCAGGGUUUGGAGAUGCAGUGGAUAACAGCAACUGCUGGCAGCCAGUCAUUAACUACAUUGACAGUAAGUGUGAGGACUUCCUGAACGCAGAGUCCAGAGUGAACCGCAGAUCCAUGCCCGACAACAGAGUGCACUGCUGCCUGUACUUCAUCGCCCCCUCUGGACACGGUCUGAAACCGCUGGACAUUGAGUUCAUGAAGAGACUCCAUGACAAAGUCAACGUCAUCCCUCUCAUUGCAAAAGCCGAUACUCUGACCCCAGAAGAGUGCCAGCUCUUUAAGAAACAGAUAAUGAAAGAGAUCCAGGAGCACAAGAUCAAAAUCUAUGAAUUCCCGGACACGGAGGAUGACGAGGACAACAAGCUCAUCCGAAAGAUUAAGGAGAAGAUGCCGCUGGCAGUGGUCGGCAGCAACGUGGUGAUCGAGGUGAACGGCAAGAAGGUCAGGGGUCGCCAGUACCCAUGGGGCGUGGCGGAAGUGGAGAACGGGGAGCACUGUGACUUCACCGUGCUGCGCAACAUGCUGAUCCGGACGCAUAUGCAGGACCUCAAGGACGUCACCAACAACUUCCAUUAUGAAAACUACCGCAGUAAGAAACUGGCUGCUGUCACCUGUAAUGGAGUGGACACCGCCAAGACCAAGGGACAGCUCACCAAGAGCCCCCUGGCCCAGAUGGAGGAGGAGCGCAGGGAGCACGUGAUGAAGAUGAAGAAGAUGGAGGCAGAGAUGGAGCAGGUGUUUGAGAUGAAGGUGAAGGAGAAGAAGCAGAAACUGAAGGACUCGGAGGCUGAGCUGGAGCGACGCCACGAGCAGAUGAAGAGGAACCUGGAGGCGCAGUACAAAGAGCUGGAGGAGAAGAAGCGGGUGUUCGAUGACGAGAAGCUCCACUGGGAGGCUCAGCAGAGGAUCCUGGAGCAGCAGAAGCUGGACGCCUCCAAGACGAUGGAGAAAAACAAGAAGAAAGGAAAGAUCUUCUGAAGAGAACGAUUCUUCACUUUGACAAACUCGGUUUUCCUUCAUCCCCUCUGAAGUUCACAUGUACUGUGGCCCACACACACACACACACACACACACACACACACACACACACACACACACACACACUAACAGAUAUACACUCCACAACAUCCCUCUGUGUUACAUUUAACAUGUACCACCUGUGACGGAUGGAAGACACACACACACGUCUCUCAGCAGGGUUACCGUACCUGUUGAAACUUCUUGUUUCCAUGGGGAAUGCAUGUUUUUGUGAAAUUCUAUUUUCCUAUAUUUCCUGACAAAGAGGAGACCCUUCCUCUGAGCUACAGUACAACACGUGGCAGGGACCACCCAUAGCCAUGUGCUCACAUUCCAUAGAUCUGCAGGUAGACGUACUGUCUCUCUUCUUUGAUUCUUCCCAAAAACAACAUAACACAGUACUGUAUUCAAACACUCUGUCAUAAAGACCUCAUAAGAGUGUGUUAAGAGAAGGGAGAGUGUAUGUGAGUGAAGGGAACUGCGUCAGGAGCGGGGGGGGAGUCAGGUGGGAAUAAGGCCCGGUCAUAGAGAGUCAAAAUAAUCAGCAAAUCUUUUAAAAGUGGAAUACUACAAUUUGCCAGCACUGUGAACCCGGAUAUAUUGAGUACCCCAAAGUGUUAUGUCAGAAAUUUAUCGUAGGGUCCCUAGCACAUAGAAACUGCCGGAUGCUAACCUGCAUAUGUUGUGCAAUUUGCACAUAGACAUCAGUUGCAUUCAUUAGCUUAUGCAGACAUAGAUAAAAGAUGGCUUGGACAAUUUUGGUGUGGUUUUGGAGGUUAUUGAGGAUGUUGAAUACUUUUCUGACGUUUUUAGGAUCAUAAGUGGCAGUUUUCAGCCCCUUAGAACUUUCAAAUCGACCCAAAAUUAAUCAAAAUCAGUCCACCGGGACGUCAGAAAUGGACUCAACAUCCUCAUUAACCUCCAAAAUCACUCCAAAGUUCCCCGAAUCAGCCAAGCCAUUUUUGUAUUAUUGUCUGCAUUUGCUAAUUAUUGCUAAUUAAUGUAGCAUUGUGCAAAUUGCCCAACAUGCAAGUUAGCAUCCAGCAGUUUCUAUGUGCUGGGGACCUGAACUAUACAUUUCUAUCAUAAAACGUUUGGGGUUCUCAACUUCUCCGGGGUCACUCUAGGACUCUAUAAGAGCUGGCAGAUAGACUCACCUGGUAAUGACUACAUGUAAGGCCAGUCAAGAAACCUCUGUUACUGAAGAGCUUAAUACUUACGUGUUAUUGCUAUUUGGUCAGUUUCACUUUUUAGCAAAUACGUCUUUGGAAUAAAUGACCAUAACUUACCGAACUUAUUGUCCUUUUUCCAACGUUUUUGUAUUUUAAAAAAAUGUUUUGCUGCAAUGCUUCCUGUCUCAUAACUGUCUUCAGGACAUUCCUCUUUUAUGGAGCAGUUUUCACUCCAGCAGGGAGAUCAAUCAAAAGCUAAUUGUAGCGGUGAAAUAACAAAAGUGGGGCACCAGUAAGCAAAUCUUGUGAUGGGGAAAUUAUCCAAUCUGCAGGCAAGAACGUCCUCUUUGUUAAUUUAUUUCGUAAUUAUCCAAAUAUCCAACAUAUAUAGAACAAUUAAUUCACCUGUGGCUUUUCCUGUGUUUUCACUGCCCCAGCAGCAUUUUGAUUUUGAGUUAAAUGUUUCGUUUUGUUUUCUUAUUUCGCUGCUAAAAAAUAAAAAAAACAUUUACCUAUACUGGUGUAAAACAGCUGAUCAACUCCAGCAGCUUCCUUUAUGUUGGACUCGAGCACUACAGCGUACAUUAUAGUAAACUAAAGGGAAAGAUAUGCCCCCAUGGAAGCAAAUCCACCAAUCAAAAACAUUUCCAGCUUAAAUGUGGGCGGGGCCGGGCCUUCAGGCAGGCUUUCCAGUGGUGUGUGUGUGUGUGUGUGUGUGUGUGUGUGUGUGUGUGUGUGUGUGUGUGUGUGUGUGUGUGUGUGUGUGUGUGUGUGUGUGUGUGUGUGUGUGUGUGUGUGUGUGUGUGUGUGUGUGUGUGUGUGUGUGUGUGUGUGUGUGUGUGUGUGUGUGUGUGUGUGUGUGUGUGUGUGAGCAGUGUUGUAAUGAUGCUGUGUUUGAAGUCAUAGAAACUGCAGGGAGAUGCGUAUCAUGCAACAGCAGAAAGGAUUCCAUGCAGUGUGUGUUUCCCAUAAAGACAUUAUGCAAAGCCUCAUUGGCGUCUACAACUCUACAGGCCACCGUGAUUACAAAGGUGUUUAAUAUAGUGAUUCAAGUGAUGGAUGUUGUCAUAGAGCUGAACCCUGUGUGUGAAGGGACGAUUCAUCAAAAACAAGAAGUAUUCCUGUUCCUUUCUCCCUGGAAAGUUAACUGUUUGGAGGACUUAGCCAAGUCAGCUGUGUCUCUGAAUUUAUUUUUGGAAUAUUACACUAUAAUAUUAUUCAUAACGGCUUCCUCAACAACAAAACAUUCCCCUUCUGAUACUCUCUCAAAUGAUCUACAGUCCACAUCGAAGUCAAUUCACAGUCAGCCAUAGCGAUGUGUUCCAACCUUUUACUAUACCUUUCCAAGAGUAUAAUGUUUAUUUUCAUAUGAUGAUGAUGAUGAUGAUGAUGUUGUUAAUACUAUAUGUAAGGUCAAAAAACGAAAUCCCUUGUGGUUUUCUUAAGACUCGUAUAGUUAUGUUCUUUUUAGUAUAGUUUUCAAAAUGCCUGCAGUCUUCAUGUUGCAUUUAAAGACAAAAUGCUAAACCCUUAUACCUUAUCACAUAAAAUAUUACCUUUAUGGAUUUGAUUGCUUUUAUUGUGUACAUACUGGAGGCUGCUCGGUGGCCUUUUUCUUUAGUUUUUUCAGAUGAUAUGCCAGGAACAGAACCUGUACUCAGAUCAGAACCUAUGAUAUACUUGUCUUAAGAAUACACAAAUACAGUACAUUUCUUUACAUGUAUACACACACACAUACUGUAUACAUCCAUGCCAAUGAGUACCCUUUCUCAGGACUGCUGUUAUGAAGUCCAGAGGAAGUCAUGCUGUGCUCCCUACAAGUUCAAAAUGUGAUUUCUUUUUUAAAUGCUUGUGCACCACUUGCCCUUGGAAUACACACCACAAGUUAAGAUAAGUUUAGGUGAUUUUUGUUGUUGUAAUAUUAUCCUUUUUUUAUAUAUGUACACUCUUUACUGCUUCUCUUCUUUGUUCUGUCUCUAACUGUACAUGGUUAAUAAAGUUGACUUGGUUAUGCUUUAA